UCACCCAUCGGCACGGACGAUUUCUUCCAUUUACGAGUAAUUUAGCCCGCAUUUGCGAGAACUUUUUAAAGCCAGUGGGCCAAUCUCAACGUCCCAGUCAUAGAAAUCUCGGUGCGGGGUGAAAAUCUCGUCCAAAAAGUAGACAACCUUGACCGGGGUAUUAUACAUACGGAUGAUUUACUUUGUCUGAAAUUUUAAAACUAACAGGUUCAAGACCAGAGACUCUUAGGUCAAGAUGACGAGCAAUUUCCGCAAAUUUCUACUUCUCCUCUGGAAGAAUUACAUCCUCCAGAAGCGCCACAAACUUGGGACUUUUAUGGAGUUGAUGGUCCCCGUCUUCUUCGCUGCGUUCCUUGUGGGCAUCCGAGGGAGCAUCCCCUCCGACAAUGUUACCGAGCCAACAAUAUUUUACCCCUUUGAUGUCAAUGAUGUCAAAGGCACCAGCGUUGCGAAAGGUUGCGUAAUUCUUUACGCCCCGAACACUUCCGCGCUAACGAUUGAAUUAAUGGAAUCCCCAGACUCUCCAAUGUAUCAAACCUAUUUCCCUCGAACACCAGAAAACUAUACAGUCAUAGGAUAUGAAACUGAGGAGGAGCUGCUUAGCGAGUAUAGAAAGGGAGGUUUCCAUGACUGCAAAGGGGUCGGUUCUCCAGACAAAAACAGAGACCCGGUCUUGGCAGCCAUUAUUUUUAAUGAUGGUCUUGAUCAUGAGGAGUGGAGUUCGGUUCGAAAUAUUAAAUAUUCUCUGAGAUUUCCGGCAAGUCAGCAUUCCGCGGAUGAAAAUGCAUAUGAACAACCUCGCUGGAUGACAGAACUUUUGUAUCCAGUGUUCCAAAUUUUAGGACCAAGGGAGGCCAUUGAAAACAUGGGCCUGGAGGAUUAUCCUGAAAAUGAGAACGAGCAUCAUGGUGGAGAGCCUGGCUACUGGAUAGAAGGUUUUCUAUACACGCAGAACGCGGUUGAAGCAUCAAUUCGGAAAUUUAUGGAAAAUGGGAACAGCAACUCAUCCAUCAACAUUCAGUUGGAACGGAUGCCUUACCCACCAUUUAUUGACGAUGUGUUUCUCGUCAUUUUGAAAGAUUUCCUGCCCAUGAUCCUGGUCUUUUCUUUUAUUAAUUCGGUCAUCAAUAUCACCAAAUCAAUCACACUGGAGAAAGAGAAGCGUCUCAAGGAGUCGAUGAAGAUGAUGGGGCUCCCAAAUUGGUUGCACUGGUUGGCCUGGUUUAUCAAAUCCUACCUCCUCAUCCUCAUCUCAAUCGGAAUGAUGGCACCUCUAAUUACUGCCAGAAUUUACAAUGGUGGUGAAUUGGCCAUUCUAACCAAGUCCAACGUCACCUUGAUCCUCGCCUUUCUACUAAAUUACGCCUUCAGCAUGGUCACCUUAAGCUUUCUCGUUUCCACUCUGUUUUCAUCAGCAAACUCGGCCGCAACGGGAGCAGGUGUCUUUUUCUUUGUGUCGUACUUGCCCUACACGUUCCUCCAAACGCGAUACAACACUUUAAGUAAAGCUGAAAAACUAUCAGCCAGUUUUCUAAGCAAUACGGGGUUGUCUUUUGGUUGUCAAUUAAUCGCCAUGUGGGAGGGGACAGGGGUGGGCGUGCAGUGGGGCAAUUUAAAUGAACUCGCAUCUCCAGAUGACAAUUGGACCUUUUUAGACUUGAACCUAAUGCUGUUGGCGGAUGGGGUGCUGUAUCUUCUGAUAGCGUUGUAUAUAGAAGGGGUCUGGCCUGGAGAAUUUGGUCUCCCCAUGCCAUGGUAUUUUCCUUUCACGAAAUGGUAUUGGAUUGGGACUUCCCGUGGUGAACACACUGUUUUAGUCAAAUCUGCCGACGCGAGGCAAGAAAAGCCUCAAAAUUUCGAAAAAGAGCCAAAUUCCAAAGCCGGCGUGCAGAUUCAAGGACUUACAAAAGUAUUUGGGCCUAAAACCGCCGUCAAUAAUUUGUAUCUUAACAUGUAUGAAAACCAGAUCACGGCUUUGCUAGGUCACAAUGGAGCAGGUAAAACAACGACGAUGAGCAUGUUGACGGGAUUAUUUCCUUCAACCUCAGGCACUGCGAUUGUAAACGGGUAUGAUAUCCGAACUGAUAUCAAAUUCGUUCGGGAAAAUUUAGGUCUCUGUCCCCAGCACAACGUACUCUUUGACGAGAUGACGGUUUUGGAACAUUUGCAAUUUUUUGGAAGGUUGAAAGGAUCCAAGUCACUAAACAAAGAAGUCGCCAGGAUGCUCAAAGCUAUUAACUUGGAAGACAAAAAGCACGUACAGUCGCAGGCGUUGUCGGGCGGUAUGAAAAGACGGCUGAGUUUGGGAAUUGCGUUCGUCGGGGGUAGCUCCGUCGUACUAUUGGACGAACCAACCAGUGGCCUAGAUCCUGGAGCUCGUAGACAAAUUUGGGACUUGAUUCAACAAGAGAAGAAAAAUAGGACGAUAAUUUUGUCUACACAUUUUAUGGAUGAAGCUGAUUUGUUAUCAGACCGUCUUGCAAUUAUGGCCGACGGGCAAGUACAAUGUUGUGGUAGUUCCUUGUUCUUGAAAAAGAAAUAUGGCGGCGGAUAUCAGUUGAUCAUUGUGAAAAAACCGGAUUGUGAUGUCAAUCGGAUCACAAGCUUUUUAAAGAAACGGAUCCCAAAUAUUGAAAUUCAGCAGAAUGUUGGGUCUGAAUUGUCCUAUUCGUUAUCUGACGAACUGUCGCCGCUUUUCCCCGAUAUGUUCGAGGCCAUGGAACAGCACAAGGUUGAACUCGGAAUCGACUCAUACGGCUGUUCCAUCACUACAAUGGAGGAGGUUUUUAUGAGGGUCGGGAAGGAAGCAGAGGAAGAAUUCCGACUACGAAAUGGAAAAAAUGCAUCCAUUCCGGUGGAAAUUCAUUCCUUGAAUUUGCACUCUCAACGAAACUCUGGGAUCCCACUUCUACUUCAACAGACUUUUGCCAUGAUUGUGAAAAAGUUUUUGUACACGAUUCGAAACCAAAUCCUUAUCGCAGUUCAGACCAUUAUUCCCAUCGCGUUUCUAAUCAUUACACUCGUGAUGCUCAAGUCACAACCAAAUUUGACCAAUCCUCCAGGAAUGGAUCUAAAUCUCGGAAAAUACACGCAAUACGGUCAAAUCUACACGGUGAUGAACUGUCCAACUAAUCCUGGCCUUCCAAAUGUCUGUUCCGCCUAUAAAAAUACUGCGGAAAGCUUCGGCUCUGAAAUACUGGAGAGAGAAAACAUAUACGAGACACUAAUACAAACAGCCAGGGAUAACCUGCCAUCUUACGCAUAUGGUCACAUCGCCGCAAUGAGUGACCUCUCUUCCCCCGAUAACAUCACUUAUCGAGGCUUUUUCAACAACCAGCCAUACCACGGUCCUCCCGUUGCCCUCAACUUGAUCAAUAAUGCUCUUCUUCAAUCUUCGAGUGGUCUGGAGGACGCUUUCAUCUCUGUGAGCAACCAUCCCCUCCCGCUGGAUCAGAUUUCUGAAAUUAAACAAUCUGGAAGUAUGCAAUCCUCUGGCUUCCAGGUGGGAUUUGCUGUCUCCUUCGGAAUGUCCUUCCUGGCCGCAAGUUUUGUCGUGUUUCUCAUCAAGGAGAGGGAGACCAACGCCAAGCAUUUACAAGUCGUUUCCGGCGUUCGAUUUCCCAUCUUUUGGAUAGCGUCCUUCCUCUUCGACGCGGUCAACUAUAUCGUCCCAUGCAUUGGACUGAUCAUUGUCUUUGCGGCUUUUCAGCAUGAAGAUUUCAAAAGCGUGGAGAUGUUGGGCAACGUUGCCCUCUUGUUGUUGGCGUAUGGAGCAAGUGUGAUUCCGCUAAUGUAUCUUUUUUCAUUCAGAUAUAAAAUCCCGGCUAGUGGUUUUACGAGAAUGGUGAUGUUCAACAUUUUCACAGGAAUCAUAUGCAUGUUAACCGUUUCCAUUCUUCAAAUUGAAGAACUUGGAGCACAAAAGGGUGCCGAAGUUUGCGAAUGGGUUUUCAUGGUUUUGCCAAAUUUUAACCUGGGAUACGGACUGUUACUUCUCUCAGCAAAUCAUCAACUUCACUCUAUCUGUCCAGAUUUGCUCAAUUUUAACGAAACCUGCGUCCUGUAUCCCGACCUUUCUUGCUGCGUUGACUAUCCAAUUCCUUAUUUGGGAUGGGAUGCGCGUGGUAUUGGUCGCAAUUUGACGUUCAGUGGUGGGCUGGGUGUGGUCUGCUUUGUCAUCAUUUUCAUCAAGGAGUCCAAAAUAUUGGGAUGGAUUCGAUAUUAUGUGUGUUGUCAUUUCCGGGCAAAGGGGAAUGAAAGUUCGGCUCAAAAUGCAGCAGUCGACGAAGAAGGCGCGUUAGUCGACUCGGACGUACUGCUGGAAAACAUGAGGAUUCGAAAUACAAAAUUGAAACAAAUGAACAACACGGACAAUCUCAUUCUCAGGGAUUUAACAAAAAUUUACGGUGGCAACUUUAAAGCUGUUGACAAUUUAUGCGUAGGAGUUCAGAAGGGAGAAUGUUUUGGGCUUUUGGGAAUAAACGGAGCAGGAAAAUCUACAACAUUUAAAAUGUUAACUGGAGACAUCCCAGUAACUUCGGGUAACGCAUUCAUCGAUGGUCACAGCGUCAAGACAGAAAUUAAAAAAGUCCAACAAAAUUUGGGAUACUGUCCUCAAUUCGACGCUUUAAUACCAGAGUUAACUGGGAGGGAAACUAUUCGGCUUUUUGCAAGAUUGCGUGGCGUGCAUGAAGGAAACAUUGAAAAUUUGGCGAAUACCUUAGCUGCCAGAUUGAUAUUCGACGAGCACAUUGAUAAGCCAUGUGGGACCUACAGUGGCGGAAACAAAAGGAAAUUAAGCACUGCUCUCGCUUUGGUUGGCAAUCCACCCAUGGUGCUUUUAGACGAACCUACGACCGGUAUGGAUCCCGUUGCACGCCGGCAUUUAUGGGAUGUUAUCAGCGAGGUCAGAAAUUCUGGGACAUCAAUUGUCCUGACUUCUCACAGCAUGGAUGAGUGCGAAGCCUUAUCUACCCGCAUCGCAAUCAUGGUAAAUGGUGGCUUCCGCUGUUUAGGAUCUCCACAACACCUUAAAAAUAAAUUUGGCGAAGGGUACACGCUAAUAGCGCAGAUUGAAAUGGGAAUUGAAGAAAGAAGGCUGACGAGACAAUCGCUGGAAUUUGGACGGCGGAGGAGUUCUAACUUGAGAAAAGGCAGUGGAACUGACUUCCUUGCGCAGCCACUGCAACCAUGGGAAAAGGAACUGCUACCCUUAAGAAAUUAUAUUGAAGCAACAUUCCCAGGGAGCGAAUUAAAAGAUAUCCACGCCGGGUAUGUUCAUUAUCACAUUAAAAACACGGCAAUAGGUUGGGGAUACAUGUUCAAGAAAAUGGAAGAGGCAAAAUCCACCUUCAAAAUCGAGGCCUACAGCGUCGGACAAACCAGUUUAGAACAGGUCUUCCUUAACUUUUCUAAAACGCAAAUUAAUCUAGAUGAGCAGUGACACGUAUGAGAUGUAAGGCAUCUCAGAAGACGAGUAAUAAAUUAUUUAUGAAUGAAUACCAACCGGCAGACCAGAUUUGGAUGCUUUUUUAUACUUGCAUACAUAAAUGUGUACUAAAAAUAUGCUGACAACAAAAUCUCAAUCAGAAAGCGUAGUCGGUAUGAUUAGGCUCUACCACGUUGCUAAUUAUUUACCACGAAGUCUGAUUACGUAUGUGCAGUGUCAAUUUUAUUGUCAACAUAUUUUGAGUGUGUUACAUACAUGUCAAUAUUCGUGCAUAUUUACUAUCCUCCAAGUUUUUUUUGCAAAUUAUUAAAUACUUUUAGUCAACGAUGACGAAGCUGAACUCUGUAACUUUUAUGCAAAGAAAGAAAAACAAUAAAAUUCUUACAAUUUUAACCUCA